UCAGUCAGUGGGCGGAGGUAAGAGCGCGGCCCCUCCCCCUCACUGGAGCUGCUUUAACUCGCCAUCAUGUACGUAAGUAUCACCUGCUGAGUGAUUUCUUUACUUCCUGUUUUGUUCUGUCGCCUUCAUUUGGUUCAUUUCCUCCCGUUUGGUUUCUCUGAGGGGGUUCUGACGCCUCAUUGGCUGUUUGACCCCACCCUCUCCCCAUAGCCCCGCCCCCUGUGUGUGUUUAUACGGAUGUUCUUCACGUGGUUAUUUCUUUGUCUCCUGAGGAAAAAAAAAAAAAAGACUUUUAUUUUGUAAAAACACAAUCAGACUUUUUCAGUAUUGAUGUGGGAGUGAAGCCCCGCCCCCUCCUCUCUAAAAGUAUUUUCUAUUGGCUCUGCCUGAACAAAAAAGAGAGAGAGAGAGAGAGAGAGCGAGAGACUACAGCAGAGACUGAUCAGGACGGAGCUAACGAUGCUAACGUGGCUAAAAACAUGUGCAAUCUGUUUUUUUUCUUCUUUUUGUCAAAUUUGAUUAAAGUUUUCUUCAGACGGACAGGAGAAGACGUCCCUCACUGUGUUUUUUAUAUAUUUGUAACUUUCAAAUGUUAUUAAAUUAUUUUCUGAAGAGACAAAGAGUCUGAGAAUCGUUUUUGUUUCAGUCUGUCAAUCAAAAAAAAACACCUGAGACGGAGAAACGGACCUGCUGUCAGAGCAGGAGACGGACAGAAAACACCAAAACACGCACUCACCGCCACGACCCACCGCCACGACCCACCGCCACGACUCACAUCAGGGGAUCAAUAGAUUUAUCAGUAGAUUAGUGACUUCCUGUUUCACACUAAGAACUAAAUUGUGGACCACAGACAGGUUUAUGGUACACAAUGAGGACUCUGAACUGAUACAGGUUUAUAGUACAUAAUGAGGACUCUGGACUAAGACGGGUUUAUGGUACAUAAUGAGGACUCUGGACUAAGACGGGUCACUCGAUCUACGACCCUGACUGAUGGAAAAUGAAGUUCAAUCUUUUUUAAAAUCCUGACGUGUUUUUUUAAAAUAAAUUUAACAGAAAUUAAAAAAGUGACAAAACAGUAAAAAUCAGAUCUGCAGAGUUAAAGGAGAGGUCAGCAGGAGUCCGUUAAAGAAGCACAAAACUCUUCUAAUAUCAGUCAAUAGUUAUUAGUUAUUGAUUAUUUGGUAAUAUAUUGAUAUCUCUGUGUUCUCUUCUGUCUGUGUCGUCAACAUUUGAACAUUUUUGAGCGGUCCGCUCUUUCUGACUGUAAACAAAGCCGUUCUCCACCUCCUCUAACCUGAUUGGUUGUGAGGCAGACGCUGCUCCCCCGUGUCGUUCAGGAGCCCAAACAAAGUUAGCGUGCUACAAUAUCGGACAGUAGAAACCAACCAGAAAGUUCGGAAAAUUGUCUGAAUCCUCCUUUGGCCACGACUGCCGACACAAGCAAGAAAAUACUCAAACAUAAACAGUCAGCAAGAAAAGAGUCAGCAAGAAAACAGUCAACAAGAAAACAGUCAACAAGAAAACAGUCAACAAGAUAACAGUCAACAAGAAAACAGUCAGCAAGAAUACGUCAACCAUAAUCAGUCAACAAGAAAACAGUCAACAAAAAACAGUCAGCAAGAAAACAGUCAACAGGAAAACAGUCAGCAAGAAAACAGUCAGCAAGAAAACGUCAACCAUAAUCAGUCAACACCAAACCAGUCAACAAAAAACAGUCAGCAAGAAAACAGUCAACAAGAAAACAGUCAGCAAGAAAACAGUCAACAUGAAAACAGUCAACAAGAAAACAGUCAGCAAGAAAACGUCAACCAUAAUCAGUCAACAAGAAAACAGUCAACAAGAAAACAGUCAACAAGAAAACAGUCAGCAAGAAAACAGUCAACAGGAAAACAGUCAGCAAGAAAACAGUCAACACCAAACCGGUCAAAAAGAAAACAGUCAACAAGAAAACAGUCAACAAGAAAACAGUCAACACCAAAACAGUCAACCACAAUCAACAAGAAAACAGUCAGCAAGAAAACGUCAACUAUAAUCAGUCAACAAGAAAACAGUCAACAAAAAACAGUCAACAGGAAAACAGUCAGCAAGAAAACAGUCAACAAGAAAACAGUCAGCAAGAAAACGUCAACUAUAAUCAGUCAACAAGAAAACAGUCAACAAAAAACAGUCAACAAUAAAACAGUCAGCAAGAAAACAGUCAACAAGAAAACAGUCAACAAGAUAACAGUCAACAAGAAAACAGUCAGCAAGAAAACAUCAACCAUAAUCAGUCAACAAGAAAACAGUCAACAAAAAACAGUCAGCAAGUAAACAGUCAACAGGAAAACAGUCAGCAAGAAAACAGUCAGCAAGAAAACGUCAACCAUAAUCAGUCAACACCAAACCAGUCAACAAAAAACAGUCAGCAAGAAAACAGUCAACAAGAAAACAGUCAGCAAGAAAACGUCAACCAUAAUCAGUCAACAAGAAAACAGUCAACAAGAAAACAGUCAGCAAGAAAACAGUCAACAGGAAAACAGUCAGCAAGAAAACAGUCAACACCAAACCGGUCAAAAAGAAAACAGUCAACAAGAAAACAGUCAACACCAAAACAGUCAACCACAA